AUGAGCCAAGAUGCCUCUCCACUCCGCUAUGUGCGGUAUGAUAGUGCUCAUGAAAAUGAGUAUGUCGCGGCAAUGCGCCAGCUGAUCUCCAAGGAUCUCUCCGAGCCGUACAGCAUCUACGUCUACCGUUAUUUCCUUUACGAAUGGGGCGACCUAUGCUUUUUGGCAAUGGACGACAAGAAUGAGAUGGUUGGAGUUGUGGUCUCGAAACUAGAGCCGCAUCGCAGUGGUCCACUACGAGGGUAUAUCGCCAUGCUGGCUGUGCGUGAGGAGUACCGGGGUAGAGGCAUUGCGACAAAGCUAGUGCGCAUGGCUAUUGAUGCAAUGACUGAGCGGAAUGCAGAUGAGAUCGUCCUCGAGACCGAAAUAACAAACACCGGGGCCAUGAAGCUGUACGAACGACUUGGCUUCCUUCGCAGUAAGCGACUGCAUCGAUACUAUUUGAAUGGGAACUCUGCAUAUCGGCUGGUCUUAUAUUUGAAAGAAGGCGUUGGCUCGAUUCGACCUCCCUUUGAAUCCUACGUGCCACCUCCAAUGGUGCCACCCCCAGUGAUGGCAGACCCACCCGCUGCAAUUACUGGACUUGCAGGGAAUGGGAGCCCCUGGUGA